UUCGAAGAUCUGAACUCUCAUUUCAGUGAUGAACUCCACAAUUCUAAUUUUGAGGAGCAUCGUAUGAAAUCGAAUUGGUGGUGGGGUCUGCCUCAGACGACAGUGUGCCUUAAGAUAGAUUUGGGGAACAUCAUAAACUCAGUAGAAGUUCCUACAGAAUGCCAAUAGGGGGAACUAAAGAUGGUAGGGAAGUACCGAUACUAACUCCUAAGGUGGAAGAAACUGCGCAAGAAGAAAUUACACCAACUAACUCUGAAGAUAAACUUACUGAAGGUGGUCCCUCUAUAAGGGUGAGCGAGGUGACAGUCUCUGAUGCAGAGAGCAAGCAGUUCCGAGUGGAGGAUCUCAAAUCUGACGAUGAAUUUCAUACUGCAUCAGAAUGCACCCUUCGUCAUUCCAGAUCAUCCACCUACGACUCAGCCUCCGAGUGCGAAGCUCGCUACUCGCCUUGGUGGGAGUACGACAGAAACAUGAACAAAGACAUAUCGAAAGAAAAAAUGGUACUAGCUGUUGGAUGCCCACAGUUACCACCGCCCGCAGAAGUACUGAAGCCGUCACCUGUUGUUCCUCCGGGUAAGAUAGUCCAUGAGGUGAUCGAGACCACUCAUAUAAGAGUGGAGCAUUCCCACACACUUGGAGUGAAGUCGUUUGUGCUGUCUUCUGAGACUGUUAGAGAUAAGAAUACACAGGGGUUCGACACUUCGGAAUCUACCAUAUCCGUUGCUAAUAACAUUGAUGUAAAAAGGGAGGAUGAAGAGGCGGAUGAUGGAGGACUGUUGAAGAAACUAGAAGAGUGCGGUAACUGGCUGCAACUAAAAAUAUUAGAAAUCACCCCUGAACUGACAAAAUUGGGAGCUACAUUAGGAGAAGCAUUGGAAUUGCAAAAAGCCCACGAUGAAGUACUCCGUCAAUUACAGAAUAAACAAAGCCCUGUGGAAGAACUCCUCCGCCAAGCAGAUCAACUCAUUGCAACACAAAAACCGAGGGCAGAGGUAUACGCUGCCAUGGCUGAAACCCUAGGAAGAGCUUGGAGGGAUAUUAAUUACAACUUGGAGUUGAGAAAACACAUCCUCGAUUUGAACGUCCAAUAUCACUUGAAAGCGGAAGAAUUUUUCGAUAAAAUCAGGAGUUUGGAAAAUUCUUGCACCGAUACAGUCGUACCAAUAGAGAUAGAUGCGGUCAAACAGUUCCUCACGACGAUCCAUGAACUGAGAAGGACAUUGUUGGAAUCUCUGAUGGCCGCCCUACAAGCUGGUAACUCUCUACUGGGAAAGCUCAAAGCACUGGGUGCCGAAGGCACACUCGAUUCUCGACCCGAUCAUAUUCGACAAUCGAUAAAUAAAGCUUUGUCGCAAGUACAAUCUUGGCUGGAUGAGCUCCAUGUCAAGAGACAAGAUGUAGAAGCAAUAUUUAACAAGAGAAAGUUGCAACUCGAGCAAUGCUUAGCUUUGGCUAUAUUAGCUACUGAUUUGCGAGAGCUGGAAGAUUGCGUGAACAAUUGCAGGAACCGUUUGGCUAACGCCGAUCAACUGGGCGAUUCACUAGCCAGCACCGAACUUUUACUUCACGAAAAUAAGAAACUUUUACCAGAAGCACAAAUUUUGCAAGAGAGGGCACUUAAAAUAACCAAAGCCACCGAACAGCUAUUGGCAUCCGGUUGUUUUGCCGGAGAGGAAGCAACCAAACAGUCCUACGCUAUUCUCUCGAUGACAUCGGAUUACAUGACUGAACUCCAAAAUAGAAAUAGUUUGUUGGAAAGAGUAAUGGCAUUCUUUAAAUCCACUCAAUCGGCCUUCGGCAAUCUUGGUCAGCUCGAAAUUCAGCUAACCAGUUCAGAUUUGAAACCGACAUCACCUCAACUCACUCAACUUCAUGCCCAAUGCUCGAAGGCCAUCGAAGAAAUAACGGCAGGUCCCAUAGCGGAGGGUCACUCAAUACUUCAGUCUGUUGGAAGAGGCUCAACAGGAAUAGAAGGAGUCAAGCGAACGGUUGAGGAUUUGGAAAAUAUCAAAAUAAGGCUGGAUGCCCUAUGCGUCGCACACCGUGAAGAAAAUUUGAGGAUCAACAGAGCCCUGGACAACUUUUUCGACACGUAUUCUUCUAUACAACUUUGGCUGUCCAGUAUAGCUGAAGCUUUUCUCAAAAGCCAUCGGAAUAUGGGGUCCGAAUUGUCGGAAGCCAAUGAAUUCAUGGAUUUGCACAGAAAGCUGCUGACUGAUCUUCAGGAUAAGGGUAACGAAAUCAAUAGUCUCCUACUCACCCUUCCCCCUAUAGUUCAGUAUCUCGACGAUGAAAGACGAAAGGACGUGGAUGGAAAAGUUGAAGAACUGCACGAAAGGUGGACUGAUCUCAAGAAUAUUCUCAAAAAUAGACUGGAUUUGGGCAAGAUUUACGUCAAAUUCCACUCAGAAGCUGACAUUGUUAACGCAGAAAUAGAUAAACUAGAGCUUGAAUUCCUAUCACAUGGAACUGAUAUUGACGAUGAUACAUUCAAGAGAAUGGAGAUCAAAUGGGAAUCUUUGGAGCCACUCUAUCAAUCUGCGAAGAAUACAGGUCUCACCUUCAUAAAUGACGCUAGGAAGGUAUCCGAGCCGCAUCUAGAUACUAAUCGUGCAUGUGCUUGCGUCGAGGCUGUGCUAGAAAGACUGUCUGGAAGGCAGCUACAAGUUACAAGAACCUGGCAGACCAUCCAGGCUGAUGUUAUCGAGAAACGGGAGUUGCUGAUAAAAUUGGAGGAAACAGUUAUGGAAAGUACAAAAACUAUAAACUGGGUUACGAAGCUGGAGGCUCAGUUGUAUCCUGUAGUGACUUCGAGUUCUGAGAUCCCCAACGAAAUAGCUGCUUCGCUCAGAACAAAAUUGGAAACAAUUCUUCCAGAUAUAAGACGUGCUCAGAAUGAAGUUGAACAAAAAAUUAGAACGGCAGAUGCACUUAUUGCUAAGACGAAAAUCUCAGAUGAAAAAGUCUUCACAGUUAAACGUAGACUGGAUGAACUGAAUCAAAAGUUGAUCGAUAUAUCAGCUGAGUACCAAAAAUUGGUACAAGAUUUGAUAGAUUAUUUCGGUAACCUUCAAGACUUAAAGAAUUAUGUACGGAAAAUCGAUGAACAAAUGGGGAAUGUGAUGGAUAUAACCGAUAUCAACAAAAUCAGAGCGUUCAUCUCCGAGUACGAAACGUCAGUGCAAAUUAUGAAUACCAAAAUGAACCGUCUUUUGGAUGAAUGCGAUGCCCUAACGAGAAAAAUCUUGAAACAGGAACCACAAAUUGCCGCAAGCCAUGAUGUACAAAAACUCAGACAUACGUUAGAAGUCAACAGAGUCGCUUGGGAAACUCAAAAUCAGCGAAUAAGAGAAUUACUGGAUAAACAGUACAAAUUCUGUCAGUUUGAUCAAGAUUUGAAUAACAUAAACAGAAGCAUCAGUAAUUUAGAACAACAAAACCAAGAACUCAAAAACAAACAUGGAAAAUCACUGGAUGAAGCUAGAUCUUCAUCUUUUGCGUAUGGAAAUUUCGAGAAAACUAUUCAGGAUCUGGACAGAAAAAUUGGUGAUUUCAUAGUAUAUGGUGAACGACUGAUGACAGAAAAUUAUAGCCACUCUCCCACAAUUCAAAAACAUAUCACUGAGCUUCAAGAUAGGUGGAGUAAUUUCAAGGUUCAAAUCCAACAAACUCGCCAUCUAAUAGAUUUGAGUAUUCAAUAUUUCCAACUAAUACAAGAGGCGGACCAAUGGUUCAAAGAAGGAAACACGCUGUUGGUUUCAAUUGCGAGAAGAUCGACCUUAGUCAAAAGACCUGAAGAAGCUGAAGAACUGCUGAGGGAAAUUUCAACAUUCCUCAGACCUGGUGAGGAGAAGCAGAAUGAGAGAAUUAGGAGAAUUACCGAAUUAGCUGAAGAAAUUUAUGGCCGAGAGUUACCUACGCAACUGAACCACGUUUUGGAUGAGAGUAGAGAAAUGAUCAAGUCUUUCAGUAUUAUCCAGGAAGAACUAGACACUCUGAGCAGGAAUCUGAUUAGAGCAGAACAGGAAAAAAUACGUUUGCAGAAAGAACGAGAAGAAGAAGCAGCGAAACUUGCUGCUGCAAGAGAAGCUCUUGCUCUCGAGGAAGCAAGAGCUGCUGCUGAGAGGGAGAGAAUUGCAUUAGAGACUGCCAAAAGAAUUGAACUAGAAAAUUUAGAAAGAGAGAGACAAGCUGCUCUACAGGAGGCCAGAGCUGCAGCUGAAAAGGAAAGAAUUGCAUUAGAAGAAGCGAGAAGAGUUGAAUUGGAAAACUUAGAAAGACAGAGGCAAGCUUCUCUACAAGAGGCCAGAGCUGCAGCUGAAAAGGAAAGAAUUGCGUUAGAAGAAGCAAAAAGAAUUGAAUUAGAAAACUUAGAAAGGCAAAGACAAACGGCCAUACAGAAAGCAAAAGCUGAAAGGGAAAGACUCGCGUUAGAAGAAGCGAAAAAAAUCGAAUUAGAGAAUUUAGAAAAACUAAGGCAAUCUGCUCUGGAGGCAGAAAAAGAGAAACGUUCCUUGGAAGAGAGUAUAAAUAGGUUGAAGGAAGAGGAAUCUCUUCAUAGACGCGAAAUAGAAUACAGAACUCAAAUAAUUCAGGAGGUGCAAUCAGUUCAAAGAACUUCUUCUGCGGAACAAAUGAAGGAAAUAAUGGAGGUUCCAAAAUUCGUAACUCCUUUGGCUGAUGCUGUUAUUCAGGAAGGAUCCAAAUUUUCGUUCAUUUGUCAAGUGACUGGCCAUCCUGCUCCAACAAUUAUUUGGUAUAAGGCUGGGGUACCUAUUCAGAACAAUCCAGAUUAUCAAACAAGUAAUGUACAAGGAAUGUGUACGUUAACGAUCGAAGAAACAUUCAGCGAUGACUCUGCAAGAUACACUUGUAAGGCAACUAAUAGCGCUGGCAUUGCCGAAACAAGCGCUUUCUUAUCUGUCAAGGAAACUGAGCCGCAGGAACAACUACUUCCACCUUCGUUCACGAAAUUGUUGGAGCCUGCUUGCGUUAGGGAAGGAAGUUCCUUCGAGUUUCACUGUAAAGUGGAGGGAAACCCUCUUCCCAAUGUUCAGUGGCAUAAGAAUCAAGAGUGCAUAGAUUAUGCACCUGGAUACAAUAUAACUUAUAAUAAUGGAGACGCUGUUUUGAAAAUUGAAAAUGUUGAAUUGAAGGAUAAAGCUGAAUACACUUGUAAAGCCUCGAAUCAACUCGGCUCUGCUCAAUCCACUGCGAAUCUCAUCGUUACUCCUAUGAUUCCUACACGACCACCUGUAAUGAUAUUACCACUGUCGAAUGUUAUGGCUAGAGCUGGACAAAAAAUAAAAUUAGAAUGUGAAGUUACUGGACUACCCGCUCCGGAAAUCGUCUGGUUCCAAAAUGAUCUUCCACUCAAAGAGACACGAGAGUUGAAGCUACAACGCGAAGGUGACAGAGCCACGCUAGUUAUUUAUGAAGCAUUCCCAAAAGACGCUGGUAAUUAUAAAGUGACCGCAACCAACAUCGCCGGUGAAGCAUCAAGUGUUUGCAGUGUUUCCGUUAAAGGACGUCUUCCAAAUGAAACUUCAGACUCGGAAAUCGCCAGUGACAUGGAGCCAGUGAAACCAUCCAUACAGUUACCACUGACCGAUGUCACUGUGAACGAAGGAAGCAGAGUGAGGUUAGAUUGUGUAAUAGUCGGCCAGCCAGAGCCAGAGGUUAUUUGGUACCACGAUAACAGACCGGUCAAGGAAUCGUCAGAUUUCCAACUACUCUUUCAAGGAGAUCGAUGCUCGCUGGUGAUCCAGGAAGCGUUUUCUGAAGACGCCGGAGAAUAUAAAGUUGUAGCCUUGAAUUCAGCAGGUGAAGCUUCAAGCAAAUGUUCCUUGUUCAUCAAGCCUACUACAACACCUAGUAGCACCGAUUCUGGAAUGGAAAAGAAUAUUCCUGUUGGCUUCCCUCCAAAAUUCAAUAGUUUGUUGACAGAUAUUUUGGUAUCUGAGGGCGAACAGGUUAAAUUCGAAGGAAAUGUGAGUGGUCAACCCAGACCGGAUAUAAAAUGGCUACUGAACAACUUACCAAUCACACUGAAUGAUAACGUGAAAGUCUCCCACGAUGAAGACGGAAAUAUUAAGUUAGAAAUAAAGGAAGUGCAGCCGCAAGAUAAAGGGGUUUACACAGUGAAAGCAAUCAAUGAGCACGGGGAAGCCAAAUGCUUCGCGCAGUUAAUCGUGAAAUCUUCGAGAGUGCCAGAUACAGUAACCUACGAAGAAGUGAAAACAGCACCUGUAUUCACCGAACUAUUCAAUGAUAAAACUGCGUUCGAAAACACUUCCACUAAGUUUGAGUGCAUAGUGACCGGCAAGCCCAAACCGAGAGUGAAAUGGCUUUUCUGUGGAGAACCCUUAAACGGUAAUAAUUUCUUGGUGUCAACGUCAGGCGAUCGACAAGUACUUUCCAUUCCGAACAUAACCAAAGAUACUGAAGGAACCAUAACCUGCAUUGCCGAGAACGAAGUGGGAACAGCCAGUUGUGCUGCAAAACUGACGGUUCAUCAGUUAUCCACAAUUAGUCUACCAGACCAAGCGAACCUUGAACGUUUCAUGGAUUCCUCAUUUUCAAUCAAGAGAGAGGUUCACACUGAAUCGUCCACCAAAAUGUCAAGCAGUGUUGUAUCUUCCGGUGUGGAUAUACCGGAGCCCCAGACUAAAAUACAUAGUUUCAGUUCGCACAGCGAGAAAACAUUCAGACAAGUGAAUCAAGAGACUCCUGAAAUAUCCGAAUCACACAACGUCGAAGAAUAUUUGCAGUUGGACAACAAACAGCCAAUCAUCCACGAGAAAUCAUCUUCCACUUUUUCCAAUGUCAAAUCGCAAAGCGAUGUGAAAUCGAUUCAACCCACCUUGUUUAAACCUGUUGGAAAAUCCAGGGCGCCAAAAUUCACGACGCCUGUCAUUGGUAAAAUUGUUGACCAGAACACUACGGUGAUAUUGGAGGGAAUUGUGGAUGGACUGCCGACUCCUUCUAUUGUUUGGACCAAAAAUGGGAAGGAUAUUAUUUUCUCUGACAAGAUUUCGGCCAAAUGGGAGUUCAAUAAAGCUUCUCUCGAAAUUAAGGAUACGAAUUCUAAUGAUGCCGGACGUUACACGUGCACGGCGAUGAAUGAGGCUGGAACUGCAAUAAGCACGGCAGAUUUGGUAGUUAGAAAAACAAUCUUUCCUCCGGUCUUUGGUAGAAGACUUCAGGCUCAGGUGAUAAAGAAAGGCGAUAGAAUUGUCAUGGAGGUUGAAGUUACUGGUACCCCAGAACCAACAAUAACGUGGUUUAAGGAUUCAGUACCAGUCGAACAAGCCUUGACGGAGAACUACAAAAUAAAGAGUUUCGGCAAUUCUCAUACUCUGGUGAUUGAAAAAGCUGAUCUGAAGCACAGCGGAAGGUUCAUGGUAAGGGCGCUGAAUUCUGGCGGUGAAGCUCAAAGCAUUGCUGACAUAGCCGUGUUCGAACCUACACCUGACACGAUGGUAGAAGUGGUAAAAACUGUAGUUUUCGAGGAUGUCCGCAAGCAUGAAACUCUGACAUCAGCUGCCGAUAGGAUUUCAUCACCAGCAACAACGAAAACUGUCGAAAAGACAUCCCUUCCCCCACCCACACUCAUCCCUGAAUCCAAAUUGUCGACGUUUGAGAGUUCUCUGUCAACGACUUCGAAAUCUGAGUUUUCUAGUUUCACAGAACAACAAGUGUCACAGCAAAUUUCGAAAGCUAGAUUAGAAUAUACGGCACCAGAAAUUCCUCAUCCAAAACCACUCUCAUCUGAAUUCUUGGAGAAGAAGAUGGAUUUUGAGGUGGUUGGAGCUCCGCCAGCACCUGAUCUAAGCUCCCAGAGUCAGGAAGAAACUGAAGAGGGAAUUCAGACAAGUUCCAUCAGUAAAGAAUCAUCACUACAAUAUUUCGUGAAGAAGAUUGAAGAAUCAAAAGAUAUUAAAGAAGUUCCCUUAGAAAAUUAUAAGAAAUUCGAACAUAUAGAUAAAAAGGAAAAGAAGGAAUUUCCAGUCAAAGUUGUACAAGAACCUUUAGAGGCUGGGUUGACGAAAGAAAAAGUUGAAAUCGAACAUACAAUCGAAGAUUUCGAUCUGAAACCAGAACCACCAGCGACUAUUUGCUUUAGCGAACCAGUAACUAAAGAGGAACAAGUACCCAUAUUCAAAGAUAUAGUAGAAGAUAGAGUCCAUACUUUGAAAAUAGAAAAAGAAAGGGAAACCUCGUCGUACACUGCUCCUCUGACUUUUGAAACGUUCACCAAAAAAAUUGUCGAUAAAGAGGUUCCAAUUUCAGAUUCGCAAUAUUACGAGGAAAAAGUUAAUAUCACCCAUGAAACGACUGAUAAUUCAUCCAUGAGCAUGCAUUAUGAAAAAUUUACCAGAGGCAUGUCUCCAAGACCUGAAGCGCUGGAAAUGGAAAAAUUAUGGCUACCGAAAAGGGAAAUCGAAAGACCUUUAUCUGUCACCGAAACUUUCGUGUCUGAUAAGCCUUCCCAUGUACGUUCGUAUUCGUAUUCCGAAAGGGAUUAUUCCACUGAGGCACCUCGCAUUCAUUACGUGGCCAAUGUUUCACAUUGCAUAGAACCAUGUGAGAAGAAAAUCGAAAAUUUGUUCACGAAAUCGGAAAAGUAUGAAAAAUUCGAGCGAACUGAAACGAAGAGCGCAGAUGUCAUAGAAGAACGGAACGUGAAACCGUCCCAAGUGGCGAAAGAAUGGGCGCCGAUGAAAAGUCAACCGUCUUUCAAAUCGUAUCCAACGAUGGGGAAUCUGACUAUAAGACCACCGUCAGCGCAAGAUAUCCCGAUAGAAGUCUACUUAGAACCAGGACCGCCACCAAUCAUGGACUACGCCGAGCCACCCAAAGCGAGGCGACAGUCCUACGUCGAAACAGUCGAGCAGGAGUUGGAGACCAAACUCGAGACUGUCCCUGCAAAGGUACCUCCAGGUGCUGUUCGUACUAUUCCCCCACCCCCACCACCUAAAGUUGCGCCACCUCCACUUCCACCUAAAAAUGAGCAACCCAUAGCGCCACCCAUCCCAGCUAAGCCAAUCAAGUCUGAAUUCAAAAAGAAAAUAAUAGAGAUAGAAAAGAAAGAAGAAAAAUUAGAUCUCGAACCGUUCCCUUUCAAACCUGAUCCGGUGAAACCGAAACCAUCCAAAAUUGGACCGCCACCCACACCAUCGAAAUUCAUCAAGGGUAGAUUCACGGAUAGCGAUUACGAGAGUGAUUUCGAGUCGAUCAGGAUACCACCCAAAUGGAAACCUUGCGCCAGCGACAACGAGGAACCGUCCUACCGAAAGGUGAGACCUCCUAAGCUGAAAGAGUCAAAGAGAUCGAAAUCUACGGAACCCGAGCCCUUACCACCAUCGAAAUUCGAUCAUCCACCCCAAUUUCAAGGUCCUCCGCGACCUGAAGUCUCUUUGGAACAUCAUAAGAGAACAACUCAGACUAUUCGGAAAGAAACCACGAAACAGUCGGUGAAACCCCAGGAAAUUACAAUCGCUUCGCCUCCAAUAAAACCUGGAACACCUCCAUUAUACAUCGAGGCACCUGCCAAAAAAAUUGAUUCUCCCAAAACGAAGAGAAGGACAGUUAUCGAUGGUUAUAUGGCCGAUACCGAUGAACCAUUUUUCCAACAGAAGUCCAGCAAGAGCGAAACACACGAAGUAGGAUCGAAUUUCAGCCGGUACGAAUACAAAUCUGAGAACGUUGUACAGAGCUCUCAGACCAGCGUUUCGAGCACUCCCUUUAUCCAAAAAAUAUCCCAUCCUAAAAAACUUCUGCCGCAUGCACCUGCAGCGAAGAAGGAACUCACCGCCACACCAAUCAUAACGAACUUAUCGACAGAAAAACGAGACGAAUCUUACGAAAUCCACAAGAAGAUGGAACAUCAUUCUCGCGUCCAACAGCAGAGAUCGAAAACACUAAAGUGUCCACCACCACCAAGUCCUACCAAAUUCGUGAAAGGCGAAUUUAGAGAAAGUGAUUACGAGAGCGAUUACGACAAGCCGAUUCCGAAAAUUUGGAAACCUAACGGACCAGAAGAAUCACCCAACUUCAGACCUGUGAGACCAGUUUUGACACCGACUGGUAGACAAAGUAGAGUUGGUAAAACGCCAACGCCUCCAACGGAAUUCGAAGAACCCUUGAAGACGGCAGGUCCACCCCGUCCUAAAUUCGAACCAAUCGAAAAACCUCUGGUCUCAUCAGUACCAGUUGAAAUAAGUAAGCCGGAAGCCAAGUCGGCCAUUUUCAAACCAAAACCGUUAACAGCCAAUCAAACAACCGAUAUUACUCGUUAUAUACCGUUGAGACCUGGUACACCUCCAGAAAUUGCCUAUGCCAGCUCGCCUCAAACUGUCCAGUAUUACCGAUCGACCACAAGUAUGCCCUUCCAUAACGCCAUACAAACUGAAACAUCCAACAAAGUACAUUUCAAAGAAUCCAGUGAAAAAUGUCACCGCACUGUUAGCGUUGAACAAAGUACCAAGGUUAUAAAAUUCGGGGAAAAACAAACGGGAGUCAAAAUAGAGCCUUAUUCUGAGAUCAAGCGUAGCACCAUAAGAGGUCCGCCUCCUACAACUCCUAAAAAGUUCAUACCAGGAGAAUUCAGGGAGAGUGAUUACGAAAGUGACGUGGAGAAUGUCAGGAUCAAACCCAAAUGGGCCCCGAGUGGAAGUGAUACAGAUGAUCUUCAUUAUAGGCCUGUGAGGCCUCCAUCCUCAGCUUCGAGGUCUUCGAGUGUACCUCCAAGCAAAGAACGUGUUGUAACUCCAAUGGAAUAUGAUAAAUAUCCAUACAAAUCGACUGAUACCACUGACAGCGAAGUAAGAAAGAUGGAAUCAAGCUCAUACAAUAAAUAUUCUUCCUCCAAUAGUAACCUACUAGCAACGAGGAGUAGAUCGUAUGAACCGCCGGUCAAGAGGAUAGAAAUACAGCCAGGAUCUCCUCCAGAGUAUGGAUUCAUUUCGGAUCCGAAAUUCAAGUCCAAGGCGACGUCUAUCGCUUCCCACCAUAUGGAUAACAUGACGCAACAGUUCAAGUCGAAGACGCAAAAGUUCGUAAGGGAUAUAAUGAAUGACGUUGGACAGCAGACUACGCCCAAGAAGUCCAUACUGAAAAACGGGGAAGAUAGGGACGCCCAGGUUUAUAGAGAGGAAACUAGAGCCGCACAAUAUGGAACCAAACAUGUCGAUCCAGAUACCGGCCUCAUCUAUUUCAAGUACGAUUUCGGAUACGAAUUCGGAAUUGUACUGCCUGGAGAGAGCAAAAACGGGGGAAUACCGGAACGUCCAAAAACUAUAAUCGAACCUCCCAAACGCACCCGAGACAUCGAGAUGCCCGUUUUUCAUGAGACAACCCAAAAAACGAAGUCGAAUCAACAUGCACAGCCGAAAACGCAAAAAACCAACAGAAACAUCAAGUGGGAACCCACCUCCGAGAGCGAAUUAUCGGAAUACGAGGGAAACGCUCAGAGAAGUCAAGGUUUGAGAUGGGAACCUUCUUCAUGUAGUCCUGUGUCUUUGUCGCCUAGUUUGCCUAGCACAUCUCCUGCUUUCUAUAGUCGCUUCGCAGGCUCUGACAAACAUAGAAUGACAGAAACUCCUCCGAGUUGCCCUGAAACUCCUGUCAAUGCUAGCAGAGGAACGCCUGGGCCAGUAAGAGCACCGAUGUUUAUAACGCCCCUGAGGAACAUUGCAGUAGUAAGUGGACAAAAUGCCAAGUUCGAAUGUAUCGUGCAGUCGGAACCACCACCAAGUGUACUUUGGUCAAAGAAUGGAAGGAUUAUUGAGGACUCCAACGAUUAUCAACUUCACUAUAGGAAUGGAGUUUGUCGUUUAACGAUUUCCAGAACAUAUCCAGAGGAUGCAGGAACAUACACGUGUACUGCUACCAAUGUUGCAGGAACUGCCAGCACGACUGCCAUACUGGAUGUUCCAGGGGUUCCCUCACAUAUGUAUGGCACUUAUAGAUACAAAAGCACAACAAGAAGUCUUUCCCCUGAAAUAGAAUUCUAUAGAAGACCCGAACCUCCCGAAUUGUCCGAUUCCGUUGGUAAGUCAACUGGUCUUCCAUGUCCACUUGACAACUACCAUUGACAAGUGCCAUAUAUACUUAUUUGUAACAUUAACAAAAUACUUACUAAAAAUGUACAUUGUACCCACUAAUAAAUUUUGUAACAUUUU